AUGAACUGGGUCCACAUCUCGAAACUCACUGCUGACUUGCAUGACGUCGCCUCGGGUUCGUCCGCGGCGGCAGAUGCCAACCCCAUACCUGUCCACUGGGUGCUUGCGACGCUCCUGGACCUGUUCCGCGAGUACCCGAAUGGCGUCACCGAUGCCAUCGCGCGAACAGAGCUCCUCGUACGGUGGAAACUGCAUCGCCAAAGAUCAUCGUCCAAUCAAUCGAAUAAGACCGCGGGAUGGGCGUCGUCGAGCGACACAGCCGUCGUAAGGGCACAGAUCACUGAGUUCAUCGCAGCCCAGCACAUCCUCAUCCUACGCGAAGCACCAGCCACCAGCUCCGACAUUCCCGAGAACGACUCUCCCAGCGCCUUCACGAAGAACCAGAACAUGCACUUAUUUGUGCACCAGCGCUUUCACCGCUACUUGCCAUCUUCCUCCGCUGGCGUCAUGCACCCGUUCAACCCCUCACGUCGUCUGCUGCUCACCGCCUUGCAACCUUUCGAACGGCGGCAACCGCGUGACUACAUGCAAUGCCUGCCUACAGAGAACAUGAUCAUUGUCCUCGAUCCUUCCCGUGAUCCAUGGGACCGUUCGCUUGUGGCGGGAACGUCCUGCGUGUCGACAUUGUCCGCUCUUCACCGCAUCCCCGCCGACCAGUUGCAUGUCCAGUUGCUUCGCAUGAAAGUCGUCGCCGUCGAGCCGACUCGAUCGUGCGUCGCGUCUGUGAAUGCAAGUCGGCGGCUAUCGAUUGUGGUUGCAGGGACAGACAAGGAGGAUGGCGACAACAACAGCAGAAGCGACGAUAGCCACACGUUUUUAUUUGUGUUGUGGGACACACAGACCCCCCUCGGCCUCUCCGUGCACCCCGGCGACACGCUCAUCAUGGACUGUCCGUACCUGAACUUCCGGGACUCGGCCAACAUGGAGCACCAAGCAAUGUUUGAUGAAUGCCCGGGGUGUGCUGCCACCCACCUCUUCUUGGAGUACGGCUCGUCCACGAUUCUCUUUGUCGUGCCAGCCAAGUCAGUCCUCACGGACGUGGUCACGCAGCCCAACAAGGUGGCGUUCACAGCCCCCGUGGACCCAGUCACAAAGUUUUCCGAUCUGUCAGAGUACCCGCUGCCGCUGGACGAGUGGACGGACCUGCCCGUGAACUGCUACAACCUUUCGUUUCUCGGCCAAGUGGCGGAUAUCCAUGUCGCCCGCGCGAGUCCGCUGCGCCAGCAGUUUACCGCAACGUACUUUGGCGCCAAAGGCAUGAUGAUGUCGGCGGAUGAUGAUGACGCAUCCAGGACAUCGCCGCAGACGGUGUUCACGGUGGUGUUGACGCUUCGGUCGCUGCAGCCGCCGUUCCCGCUGCUAUCGAUCGAAGUCACGGGACGGGACCAAGUGGCGUGUGCGCUUGCCACGUGUGAGCCUGGCCACCUCGUGUUUGUGCAAAACGUCGUGCUGGUCAAGACUGGCCAUACGACCAUGGGCCUGUGUGCCAACUGGUCGAGUUUGCACCCGGCGUUCGCCAACGGCAAACUCACUGCGUGGAACCGGCUACUCGGGUACGUGACAUCUCCCGACUUUUACGAUGUCCAACUGGUCGCCCAUCUACACAACCGCGUGCUGCUGCGUGGAAUGAUGUGGCCACAGCUAGCCGUCGUCCGUGCGAGUUUUGUGGCCAGUGGCUGGCUCGAUCCGUCCCCCACGACGCUGAUCCACCGCGCGUGCCGCCGCCCCAUCGCCCCCAAACGCCAUCCAGACGACCCGUGGGCGUGUGACAUGUGCAAAGUGUCGUGGAAUCAAGGCCAAAGCCAUGUAGAGAUUGGGUUUAGUCGACUUGCGGUUCAAGUCGACGACGGGUCUGCCAGUAUCCGCGCCGUGAUGAGCUCGCGGUGGCUGGAGAACCUGCUGGGGUGUACAGCGCUCUCGUUCGACCAGCUGCCUCUGACCGAGCAAGCCAGCCUCGUGGCCUGCAAGUGCUCGACGGGGCACGUGUACGUGUGUGUGCUGUCGUCGUGUCCAAGUGUGGACAACAUCGUGUGGCGCAUUGACCAAGCGAUUCCAUUGACCGAUCAAGUCACGAAUCAAAUCCUUCAACUACAUAACAGUAGUAAUAAUUGAUUUACACCAGCG